UUUUUCCAAAUAAAAUAUGAACACUUGGAGUUCAUGAUUAGUGUUGCCUAAAGCAGAUGAAGAAGCUCUUGAUAUGCUUUUUCUCAAUCACACUCAUGAAUUAUGUUUUGCAUCUACACAAAGAAAAGCAUCUCCUACAUGCACUCAUGUUGUUGUUGCUACCUAAUUCCAAUCACAACAAAAAUGGAGAGACUCAUAAAAUUAAAAUUAGUAUUACUGCUGUGUUUGGUAGCAGGUAGGGAGGGGCUCAUCGGCGUCAACUACGGCAGGGUGGCGGACAACCUCCCUCCGGCGGCACAAGUGGCCCGAUUCCUGGCAAACUCCACCACCAUCAACCGCGUGAGACUGUUCGACUCCGAUAGGGCAACGGUGACCGCAUUCGCCCACACGGGGAUAGCAGUCACCGUGACCGUCCCCACGGACGAGAUCCCAGGGCUGACAAAGCCGUAUCUCGCCCAGGAAUGGGUGAGAAGCAACAUCCUCCCUCACGCCCGCUCCACAAACAUCGUCCGAGUCCUCGUGGGAAACGAGGUCCUCUCCACUGGAAACAGGCUCCUGAUAACGAGCCUGGUCCCAGCAAUGCAGGCCCUCCACGCGGCCCUCGUGGAGGAGUCCCUGCACGGUCGGAUCAAGAUCUCCACCCCGCAUUCCCUAGGGAUACUCUCCAACUCCAGCCCCCCCUCGGCAGGAAGGUUUAGGCAGGGGUAUGAUGUGUACGUCAUCCGACCUCUGCUUAGUUUCUUGAGAUUGACGGAUUCGGCGUUCAUGAUCAAUCCGUAUCCCUUCUUCGGAGCCACGGAGGAGACGUUGGACUACGCGCUCUUUCGGGCGAACGAGGGGGUGGUGGAUGGGGAGACGGGGUUGGUGUACGGGAACAUGGUGGACGCGCAGCUGGACGCGGUGUUCUCGGCCAUGAGGCGGCUGGGGUUUGAUGACGUGGACGUGGUGAUAGCGGAGACGGGGUGGCCGUCCAGGGGGGAGGCGGGGCAGCUGGGGGCGGAUGCGGGGACCGCGGCCGAGUAUAAUAGCAUGGUGAUGCGACACGUGGCGUCGGGGGUUGGGACGCCGCUCAUGCCGAAUAGGACUUUCGAGACGUAUAUUUUUGCGCUUUUUGAUGAGGAUCUCAAGCCCGGCCCCGUCUGCGAGAGGAGCUUUGGCUUGUUCCGCCCCGAUCUCACGCCCGCCUACCACGUCGGGAUUCUCAAGGCGGCGGUGAAUGGGGGCGGUGGAGUUCGAGUUGGACGUUGUGGUGCGUUUUUGGUGGUGAUUUUGUUGCAUAUUCUUUGUUGAAACUUGAAGCAAGUGCUGGACCGGCCUUGCCAAAUGAAUAUGGCUUGGACUGCGGCCCGGUUCACGCCAUGAAUGUGUACUCAUCACAACUUGUCCCAUCACAUUAAUGUGGAUCCUACUUCCAAGGUGCGAAGCUUUUUCAGGUUAUGGGGAUUGCAUGUAUGAGGGGAAUUGGGCACAUUGCGCAUGCUUACCAUUUAUGAUAAAAAAAUGAAAGUGGAUAAUUUUUGGGAGGUAGACGAAAAUGGCAAAAGUGGACGGACCAGGAGUAGUAUUUAAUUUUGUAGGGCAUGCUUCCUUUUUUAGCUAUUCAAAGGAAAGUUUGUAAUACUUUAUUGAAUUACUAUACACUUGUAAAUGUACUGAAUAUUACCAUUACGCUAUUAUUGAACAUUGCAUACCAGGUAAUAUUAACUGUUUUUUAAUGAAAACCUGCCUUUUAUCUCAA